GGGGGGAAGAGCUAGGGUUCUUGAGCGUCAUGGCGCCUAGGGCCGCUACCUCAGAUCCAUCUAAGCCGGACGGCGAUUCCGCGCGCAACGAGGUAAAAUCUCCGCCCAGCAGCACCCGCAGGAGCCAGCGGGAUCCAGACGAGCGCCGCCGCAACGACGAUCACAGGCACAGCGGGAGCUCCCGGCGGCGAGCGCGCUCGCGCUCCCGGGACGACAGGAGAAUGCGCUCCAGGUCCAGGGAGAGGAAUCGCUAUAGGAACCACGACAGUAGACGCCACAGUAGGAGCUCUUACCAGCCUCGUCCCCGGCGAUAUAGAUCCCCGAGCAGCAGUAGUAGCGGCAGUAGAGAAAGAAGGCGAAGAAGAAGAACAAGGGACAGUAGCAGCAGUGGGAAAUCAUCGCCAUCGCCAUCGCCACCGCGAUCUAGAUCGCGCUCUCGAUCGGAGAGCCAGAACCAAAACCAUCAACAGCAGCAGCAGCAGCAGCAAGCACAGCCUCAGCAGCUUCAGCAAUCGCAGCAAGCAUCGCAGCUCCAGCCAUCGCAGCAGCAAUCCUCGCAGGUCCAGGUCCAGGUCCAGCCAUCGCAACCAGUAGUUCUUCCAGCCGGGAUAGCCCAGCUCCCGGUGGUGCUGCGAAUGCCACAGAUGCCGCAGAUCACCAAGCCGGCUCGCCGGGUCUACGUUGGCGGCCUCCCGGCCGUGGUGGACGAGGCCCGGAUCGCCACCUUCUUUAACCACGCCAUGGCAGUCAUCGAAGGCAACACUUACGGCCAGGGUGGCGACGCCGUGGUGAGCGUCUUCAUCGACCACGCCAAGAACUACGCGUUUGUUGAGAUGCGCUCGGUGGAGGAGGCCAGCAACGCCAUGGCUCUGGACGGGAUCAUCUUCGAGGGCUCGCAAGUCCGGAUCCGGAGGCCCAGUAACUACAACCCCGAGCACGCCAUGCUGUUUGGAUCGUCCCAGCCGAGCCCGUCUCUGCGGCUCGACAAAGUUGGAUUGGUCUACCGCGCUCACGCCGAUGGACCGGACAGGAUCUUCAUCGGGGGGCUCCCUUACGAGUGGGGCGACGCGGAGGUCCGCCAGCUGCUAGAACCAUUCGGAGCUCUCCGCGCGCUCGACAUCGUCAAGGACUCGUACACUCGAAAGUCCAAAGGCUAUGGCUUCGCGGUUUACGAGAACCCGGCAUCCACCGACGCGGCUUGCGCAGCGCUCAACCAGAAGCCACUCGAGGGGAAGAUCCUGCGCGUCCACCGCGCGACGAACUCGUCCGGGAACCCGGCGCUCGUUCUUCUCCCGCAGAGCUCUGAGCUGGGGACUCGGGUGGUGUGCCUUUGCAACGCCGUGUCCGAGGAGAUGCUGCGAGACGAGAAGGAGUACGCGGAGAUCAUCGAGGAUAUGAAGGAGGAGUGUGGGAAGUAUGGGCCGCUGGUGAGCGUGGAGAUUCCUCGCGGCGAUGGAGCUCCGGGGCUCGGGAAGGUGUUCCUCGAGUACAAGGAUUUGGUCUCGGCGCUCAAGGCGCGGCAUGGAUUGCAAGGCCGGAGCUUUGACAAGAGGACCGUCCAGGCAACAUACUACCCGGAAGAUAAGUUCUCGGCUAAAGAUUAUGGUGGCUAACGCGCGGAAUUUUUUCCAGCUAUCUUCACAUCGUCUUCUAUUUGUAAAACGCAGUCGUCCAUCCAGUGUUCUUCGUUUGUUCUACGUUGUUGUUCUUAUUCUCUCUCUAACAGUGUGAAGUUUUUUUUU